CAGGUCAUCCCAUGAUGCACCGCGCCUUCAACGGCUUCAGUCAUUCAAGCAGCUCAGCUCUGGUGUUCAGGAGAGCGUCUGUUCUGUUAGGCCAUCUGGGUUCGGGUAACCUGUGUCCUGAAGCGGACCGGUCCCUGAACGGGGGUCUCUACUCUCUCAUUUCGAGCUGAACUUCCCCGUCCAUGCUUCAGGAAUCACCGGCCGCUGACGGGAAGCGAGCGUUUGGGCGGCAGAAGCGGUGCUGUCAGCGACAUAACAGCAGAAAGCGUUAAAUACACAGACAUAACCCAACCGGAAAGAGAACGGUGGGAACUUACGCAUACUUUAAAAGCAACUUGAUGGAUUUAGAGACCGGAAGAAACGAACUGGGAGCGAUGGGAGAGUCGCUGCAGCCGCAGACCCCAAGCCGCCACGAGAAAAGUCUGGGACUGCUCACGACUAAAUUUGUGACUCUGCUGCAGGAAGCGAAGGACGGAGUGCUGGAUCUCAAAGCUGCUGCAGAUACUUUGGCUGUAAGGCAGAAACGGCGCAUCUAUGACAUCACCAAUGUUUUGGAAGGCAUUGGACUCAUCGAGAAGAAAUCCAAGAACAGCAUCCAGUGGAAGGGUGUUGGUCCGGGUUGCAACACACGUGAAAUUGCAGACAAGCUGAUUGACCUCAAGUUGGAAUUGGAGGAUCUUGACAGAAGGGAACAUGAACUGGACCAGCAGAGAGUUUGGGUUCAGCAGAGCAUCAAGAACGUGACCGACGACUCACUAAAUAGCCCUCUGGCGUUUGUAACCCAUCAAGACCUCUGCAAUUGCUUCAAAGGUGACACUCUUCUAGCAAUCAGAGCUCCUUCAGGAACACAGCUGGAGGUUCCUGUGCCUGAAUCUCAUGUUAAUGGACAAAAGAAGUACCAGAUUCACCUGAAGAGCUCUGCAGGCCCCAUCGAGGUCCUGCUGGUGAAUAAGGACCCCUCUAGUUCUUCUCCAGUGGUGCUGCCCGUGCCCCCGCCUGACGACAUGCUUCAGAGCCUGUCCACCCCAGCUUCAACUACCUCUGCUGCUGCUGCUGCUCCAACCAAACCGGCAGCCAACAGUACGCCAUCCUCCACCACCUGCCAGAGUCCCAGCUCCACCACCACCACCGCCGCCGCCGCCGUCCCUCCCAACACAACCACUGCCUCUGCUGCUGGCGCAGCUACAGACAUUUCAAGCACCUCCACUUCAGAGACAACAGCCAAUCCGACAUCAACAGACACGCAGCAGCUUCAGUCUUCUGCCUCAUUGGACAGCAGCUCUUCACUUCCUGAUUCCUCAACCAUUUUUGAACCAAUCAAAACAGACCCUUCAGAUCUGCUGGAUCUCCCCAAAGAACUUUCCGAAAUGUUUGACCCAAAAGAAAUUAUGAGUACAGAUUUGCUUGAGGAGCUGAUGUCAUCAGAAGUUUUCUCUCCGCUCCUCCGUCUGUCCCCUCCUCCGGGUGACCAUGACUACAUCUAUAACCUGGAUGAGACGGAGGGCCUUUGUGACCUCUUUGACGUCCCCAUUGCCAACCUUUGACCUCCAAACACACCGUACAAUGAGAGUAGUGUACUUAAAA